CCUUCAAUAAGGUCAUCCUCUGUAUAAGGACACAAGGGUUUAUUUACCAUGAAAUAUGAUGGAGAAGUGAGAUUCAAUAUGUAAACAUUUCUCAGUCUGUGGAAUCUCUAUCUGCAGUGAAAAAGUGAAAGUUCAAGGGUUAUACAAUAAAUUGGUAGAAAGACAUAAUCUUGCAACAUUAGGGAAAGCCAUAAAAUGCAGCAUUGCUGUUAGACCAACCUGAUUGCAGGUCUAGUAACAAACAAACAACCUCUCUUAUUUAAGAAGCAAAACCAAUUGUAUGCAAAGGUACAAAUAAACUGUAUGUACAAGACAAAAUUAAGGUCUGAAGGUGGUACUGCACUGUAAAAAUCAAGAUGAUGAGUCUUAAAUUGUUCAAGACAAUAGCCAUUGCAGUCAUUCUAGUUAAUCUUACGAAGGCGAAGAAAAACAUAAAUAACAUCAAAGAAGAUGUUGAUAAACUCCGCAGUCUAACCUCUGCUACGGUUGAGUUAGCGAAUGUUACAAACUGGCUGAAUGAAGGCACACGGAACAAUAUCAUACUCAUCACACCAACAAAGUUACAACAAAUCCAGGAAGUGAUCCAUGCUGCUCGGGGGGUUGGGUUAAGCAUCAGGGCAGGUGGAGCAACACAUUCUGCCUCAGCCGUCCUACACCCAGAUGAGGGCGACAUCUUUCUGGUGAUGACAUCACUUGAGGACACUUCUAGGGACAGAAUUAUAUUCAAUGAAAAGGCCAAAACAGUGAAUGUACUGGCUAGUGUUAUGCUACUAGAACUGAAUGAAUUCAUGGAGCAACACCAGGUGGCGCUACCUGCUAAUGCUGCCUUUGCAACUGUAACUGUGGCAGGCCUAGCUGCAACAGCUGCACAUGGUGGAUUCUACACUGAACCAUCAGUGUCCAGCUAUGUAACAGGGAUGACUCUAAUUGAUGGUCAAGGCUAUGUUAGACAUGUCAAUCAAGAUGAACAAGCUGAUAUACUCGCUGCCUGCAAGGCACAUAUUGGCCUCUGUGGCAUUGUAUAUGAUGUUACAUUGAAGGUUGUCUCCAUGGAAAUAAUGGAAUCAAUACAAGUCUCUAUCCCAAUGAAGAAAUUCCUGGAUGACGAAAUCAGGAAAGAUUUAGUAACAAACUAUCAUCAGCUGCAAAUAUCAUGGAAUCCUUUCUUAGGGCAUGCAACAGAUGAUGAUAAGGAGUACUUCCAAACACAUGGUAGGGCUCCUGAUGGUUGGACCAGUGAAGACGACUUGGUUGGUUUUAUUCUUUCAAAAAAGUUACCAGUGAAUGACAGUGAAGAUGCCCUAAACAAAGAAGCACAUGAGUAUAAUGUUACACUAGCUGAUGGAUCGAAUUAUGUUGGAACAGCUCAGUAUAAGACUCUCCCAGAUUCACUUAUUGCAAUUCCCCC